UAUAUAUACACAGACACUUACAGAUAGAGAGUAUGGCCGGUUGGGCAAUAGCUGUGCACGGCGGCGCUGGGGUGGAUCCGAACCUUCCUAAGGAGCGGCAGGAGGCGGCGAAGAAGCUUCUCACACGGUGCCUCACCAUCGGAAUAUCCGCUCUCCGAUCAUCCAUGUCCGCCAUUGACGUCGUCGAGCUCGUCGUGCGCGAACUGGAAACGGAUCCUAUAUUCAAUUCUGGCCGUGGAUCUGCUCUGUCGGAAAAAGGGACGGUGGAGAUGGAGGCGAGCAUUAUGGACGGCGCCGGCCGGCGGUGCGGCGCCGUCUCCGGCGUGUCGACGGUGAAGAAUCCGGUGUCCCUUGCCCGCCUUGUUAUGGAUAAGUCGCCGCAUUCUUACCUCGCCUUUUCCGGCGCUGAAAAAUUUGCCAAACAACAGGGUGUGGAGAUGGUCGACACAGAGUAUUUCAUCACCGAGGACAAUCUUGGCAUGCUCAAAUUGGCAAAGGAAGCCAAUUCAAUCCUCUUCGACUACAGAAUACCGACCGUCGGAUCAGAAUCAUGCGGCGCGGCGGCGGAGGCGCCGCCGAUGAUAAUGAACGGGCUUCCGAUCAGCGUGUACGCGCCGGAGACCGUCGGCUGCGUGGCGGUCGACGGCGAGGGGCGGUGCGCCGCCGCGACGUCCACCGGCGGCCUGAUGAACAAAAUGAUCGGGCGUAUCGGCGACUCGCCGUUGAUCGGCGCCGGAACUUACGCCGGCGAACUCUGCGGCGUUUCGUGCACCGGCGAAGGCGAGGCGAUAAUCCGGGGGACCCUCGCCCGUGACGUGGCGGCGGUUAUGGAGUACAAGGGGCUGAGCCUCCAGGCGGCGGUGGACUUGGUGAUCGGAAAGAGGCUGGACGGCGGCGGGAAGGCGGGGCUGAUCGCGGUGUCGAGCAAAGGGGAGGUGGCGUGGGGAUUCAACACCGUUGGAAUGUUCAGAGGAUGCGCGACGGGGGAGGGUUUCAUGGAAGUCGGAAUUUGGGAUUGAAUUUUAUUUAUUUUAAUUAAUUAAUUAGUAAAUUGUUUUGUGGGCAUUUUAAUUAAUUAUAUAUUUUAUUUUAUUUUAUUUUAUGUUUUUAAAUUUGUCUGUGGAGAAUUGU